CUUAAUCUUUUUGUUAAUAGACGAGCGAGCAGCUUUUCACAGAUCAUUUUUAGCUCAAAUUCGAAACCUUGAUUUACCUGGUGAUUUCUUCCUGUGAUUAUAGCACGAAAAUGGGAUUAUGGGAAGCUUUUCUCAACUGGCUGCGAAGUCUCUUUUUCAAGCAAGAAAUGGAACUAUCUUUGAUAGGCCUCCAGAAUGCAGGGAAAACAUCACUUGUGAAUGUAAUUGCAACUGGUGGAUAUAGUGAAGACAUGAUUCCCACGGUUGGAUUUAAUAUGAGAAAGGUAACUAAAGGAAAUGUCACUAUAAAGUUGUGGGAUCUUGGAGGUCAACCGAGGUUUCGCAGUAUGUGGGAGAGAUACUGCCGUGCUGUUUCAGUUAUUGUGUAUGUUGCUAAAAGCCUAACAUCAUUGGCUCGGAACAAAUGUAAGUGGCGGGGGCUCAAGUCCAUUACCGAUAGAGAAGUUUGUUGCUUCAUGGUUUCGUGCAAGAAUUCUAGUAACAUUGACAUGGUCAUCGAUUGGCUUGUAAAGCAUUCAAAAUCGAAGAAUUGAGUCUCAUUCCUUCAACUCUUCUUUUAUACUCUCAACGUGGUUCGACCAUUCCCAGUGGCUACGUUCCAGGGCUUGUCCAUCGAACUUCUGACCAGUUCCUGUUGACAUCUGACCAUUUAUUCACUUUCCUUCUUGACUUGAAUCAUAUUAUAUGUUGUUUGGAUUGACAGCCGGGUGUUCAUGACUUUGUGGCCUGAUGUGGUUUGAGGUUUUUGUAAUUUUAUGUGCAGGUAUUAGUUAAUCUUCUGUGCAGUAUAAAUUGCUAUGACUAUUGUGAUUUGGA